AUGUGUGGACCAGGUGUAGGUAGCAAGGCCAUGAGUGGGCCAGGUGUAGGUAGCAUGGCCAUGAGUGGACCAGGUGUAGGUAGCAAGGCCAUGAGUGGACCAGGUGUAGGUAGCAAGGCCAUGAGUGGACCAGGUGUAGGUAGCAAGGCCAUGUGUGGACCAGGUGUAGGUAGCAAGGCCAUGAGUGGGCCAGGUGUAGGUAGCAAGGCCAUGAGUGGGCCAGGUGUAGGUAGCAAGGCCAUGAGUGGGCCAGGUGUAGGUAGCAAGGCCAUGAGUGGGCCAGGUGUAGGUAGCAUGGCCAUGUGUGGACCAGGUGUAGGUAGCAAGGCCAUGAGUGGCCCAGGUGUAGGUAGCAAGGCCAUGAGUGGGCCAGGUGUAGGUAGCAAGGCCAUGAGUGGACCAGGUGUAGGUAGCAAGGCCAUGAGUGGGCCAGGUGUAGGUAGCAAGGCCAUGAGUGGGCCAGGUGUAGGUAGCAAGGCCAUGAGUGGGCCAGGUGUAGGUAGCAAGGCCAUGUGUGGACCAGGUGUAGGUAGCAAGGCCAUGAGUGGGCCAGGUGUAGGUAGCAUGGCCAUGUGUGGACCAGGUGUAGGUAGCAAGGCCAUGAGUGGCCCAGGUGUAGGUAGCAAGGCCAUGUGUGGGCCAGGUGUAGGUAGCAAGGCCAUGAGUGGGCCAGGUGUAUGUACUAAAGGCAUAACUAUUUCGGGUGCUCUCAAACACCUCUAG